AUGGCAGACACCGACACCGAGCCGCUGGCCAACGGCACGGGCCCGCUGUCCACGGAGGAGGAGGACGAGAGACUGAAGCAGAGACCAGCUGACAUCGACGCUGAUGUCCGUGAGAUGGAGCGUCGCAAGCGCGUGGAGGCGCUGAUGUCCUCGAAGCUGUUCCGCGAGGAGCUGGAGCGCGUGCUGGACCAGCAGAUGCACGAGGGGAACGACGCGCCGCUGCUGCAGCGGAUCCGGGAGAUGGUCGGGGGACGGCUGCAUACUGGGAGCAUGAGGGGCCCCGCAUGCGUGCUCCCGAUCAACGACAUCCGUGGCAUCGAGGGCGUCGGUUACGAGAAGGGCGAGAAGAUCCUUCGCUGCAAGCUCGCCGCCGUCUACCGCCUGGUCGACCUCUUCGGUUGGACGCAGACCGGCAACCACGGCCAGAUAACGGCUCGUCUGAACACAGCAGUGGAGUCAGUGCUGACGACGCCCCGCGGCCUGCUGCCGCACGAGGUGACGGCCUCCUCGCUCGUCAAGGUAGACAUGCAGGGCGCCGUGCAGGACCAGGGCACCACCAACUUCCCCGUCAAUGUCGAUGGGUUCUCAGUGCACGCGUGUGUGCACGCGGCGCGGCCCGACGUGCGCUGCGUGCUGCACGUGCGCGCGCCCGCCGCGCUCGCCGUGUCCAGCACCAAGCGCGGCCUGCUGCCGCUGUGCCACGAGGCGGCCCUCCUCGGCGACGUGGCCUACCACUGCGUGCCGCCCGGCGUGCUGGACAACGCGGAGAAGGACAAGCUGGUGCGCGCGCUCGGGCCCAGCGCCAAGCUGCUGGUGCUGAGCGGCGCGGGCGCGCUGUGCUGCGGCGCCACGCUGGAGGAAGCCUUCCACCACGCCAGGAACCUGGCCGCCGCCUGCGAGGUGCAGCUCAGGCUCGCCUCUCUGCCGCUCGACGAGCUCACGCUCAUGGAUGAGGACACUCGUAGACAGAUAUACGAGGCAUCUCGCAAGCCUCCGUCGGACGCGAGCAAGUGGCGCGUGGGCGGCGAGGAGUUCGAGGCACUCAUGAGGAUGCUGGACAACGCCGGCUUCCGCACCGGAUACAUCUACAGACAUCCACUCAUCAAGAACGACGUCCCCCGUCCCAAGAACGACGUGGAGGUUCCCCCGGCGGUGUCCUCGCUGGGGUACUUGUUGGAGGAGGAGGAACUGUACAAGCAAGGAUUGUGGAAGAAAGGCCAAGGCAAGACGGGUGAGCGCACUCGCUGGUUGAACUCGCCCAACGUGUACCAGAAGGUGGAAGUACUGGAGACGGGCACUUCUGACCCGAAGAAGAUCACCAAGUGGGUGGAUGCUAACAACGACGAGUGGGUGCAGGACGGUUCCCCCGCGCACUCCAGCACUCCGGUCAAGAUCGACACGCUGCAAUUUGUCCCCAAGAACACCAACCCGAAGGAGUUCAAGGCGUUGCAGCAACAGAUUAAAGAAAACCGUCGCGCGGACAAGAUCAGCGCUGGACCCCAGUCGCAUAUACUGGAGGGGGUCACGUGGGACGAGGCCAGCAAGCUCAUCGGGGAAGACGCCGUCAAUACACACACCGGGGACCAUGUCCAAGUGUUGAUGGGCGCCGCGUCGAAGGGUAUCAUCCAGCGCGGCUACCAACACAACGCGGCCGUGUACAGCGCGCCGUACGCGAGGAACCCAUUCGACCACGUCACCGACACAGACAUCGACGAGUACAGACGCACUGUCGAGAGGAAGCAACGCUCUGAUUACGACACGGACCUGUCGGAGUCGGAGGCAAUCAGCGCGGCACAGAUCACGUCGCCCGCCAGCGCGCCCUCCGAGACUGAGGAGGAGUCGCGCGACGAACACCGCGUACUAAGAAUAGAGACGAAACAGGCGCCUGUACGCAGCCAACCAGAGGUCGUACUCAGCGAUGUGGACACGACCGAUUUCUUGGCUGCCGAGCGAGCUCACACCGAUCGGACGAAAGGAGAGCACACACUGAACGGGGACCAUUCUGACGCGCACCAGAGUACAUUCUCGCAUAGCAGUAAAGAGGGCUCCCCCUCAAAGGAGGUGUCGACCGAGGACUCUCCGAAGAAGGACAAGAAGAAGAAGAAGGGGCUCCGGACGCCUUCCUUCCUCAAGAAGAAGAAAGAGAAGAAGAAGUCCACCACGCCACAACCCGCCUAG